UAAUGCCGAUCGUGAUUCAGUUCUGCUCAAUCCCUUACUCCGUGCGGUUGUCGUUUAUUUCGAUUGAAUUUGUUGGGGUGUGAUUAGUAUUAAGAUUAACGGAUAAUAGCAGCGUGUUGUCUCAUAAACAGUAUUUUGCGUAGGAGAGCAUUACCAUGAAGUUAGUGGCGUCGGUAACGACGUGUGUGCUGGUGGCCCUGGCACUAACCAUCGGCGGAGAGGCGCAGGAAAAUGUCCUCACCCGCGUGGCACCGUCCAUGCUGGAGUGCUACGAGAGUGCACAGAUCUUCGAGCGGGACAACCGGCUGCCAAUGACGAUGAACAUGCUGAUCGAGCUGAUCCGCAAGGUGGAGGAUACGCCCGGAUUCCAGCAGGAUAUUCGACAGCUCGCCAUCAGUAUGCUGCACCGCUUCCGGCAGGAUGGUAUUGUGCGGGCACCGGGCGUAACGAGCAUGUCCGGUGUGAUACCGUUCAGCCCUACCGAGUUCCAGUUUACGAAGCAUCGUGUGCUGUUCUCCCGUCUACUGCCUGGCAAUGCGGUCAACUUCCCGAACGCUACAUUGAGCAUUGAUGAAAGGUGUGCCCUUCAUUUCAUGCUCUCGAACUCGAUCGAUCGCCGUGUGCGAGGUGAUGAGAACAUCCGCUGCUCGCAGCUCUCCCAGUAUCGGGCCGCUCGAGUACCGCGCGAGCUAGACUUCAAGGAUCGUAGCCGAAUGCGAUCGAACUAUCUGGGCGAUAAUGAGAUGCUGGAGCAACCGGAAAUGGAUCGCAUUCGCGAGCAUAUCAAGAAGAUUAAGCAUAAGGCAUCGUCGGCCGCACGGCUUGAGAUGGACCCGGACGAGGAUCACCCGAACGAUGAGGAGGAGCAUCCCGAGGCGACCGUCGAAGGAGACGACGAACCACAGGAGGAACCGAUCGCUGCCGCGGGGGAAGACGAGGAAACUGGCGAACCGCUGGAAGAGGAUGGUGCGCUCGGAGAGAUCGGUGACGUUAGCUUGGUGGACAUUGCCUCGAACGCGAUCAGUGCCUGUCCGGUGGAGAACGGUGUUGUCUACACGCCGUGGGGCUCGGUAAUGGCCGGCACGGUAUUGGCCGGUAUUGCGGCCGGUUUGGAACCACAAACCGUGCAGCUGCGUGAUCUUAUGUCCCGGUCGGAUCAGUACCGCAGCCGGCAGGUACAGCCGAUGCGCGUGGACAACCGCUGGGCAGCGACACUGUCGGGAGAUUUGGCCGAGGUGAGUCUGCUGCAUGCACCGUCGGUAGCGAACAAUGUGCAGGUGGGUGCGGCCGGUGCGUGGAAUCGAACGGUUGCUCCCCGCUGGUACUUCCUGAGCCAGCGAGAGCAUCUGCAGAUGACGGACACGGAGAUUCGGGCAGGUAUUGAUGGGCUGCUGCUGGCCACAAACAUUGCCGAGUGGCGUAGCCGGGCGAAUAAUUUGCGCUUGAGUCAGGUGUUGGAUAUGUACUAUUCGCAUCGGGGUGUGUUUAACGAUACGGUGCGGUCGUGUAAUCGUCGCGAUCUCUUUACGACGGUUGCACCGAUGCAGCAGUUGCGCGAGCAGACGGUUGCGUUCAGCACGGUGCUAGAUAAGGAGAUGCAGAUGCCGUUCACGAUUUCUCAGGAAGCUAUUAUUAACUUCUCCGAUCAGGCGACCGAUGCGUUGGCUAACUACAUUCCUUCUGCUCUAAAUGAUCUGUCGUGUGAAGCGACUGCGAUCGUGAUGAACGAUCCCACCAUCUGGCGUACGGCCUCCGAUCUGUAUAUCUUUAUUGAUGCUGCCUGGCCUCACCGGGACGCGUACUCUGUGGUCUCAAACAUUCUUGAUUCUCUCGAUGUGGGUCGCUUCGGUACGAACUAUACGAUUUUGAAUGCACGCGAUGGAAAUGUGAUCGUUAACUCGACCCAGUUCCUAUCAGACUUCCAUAUGACUUACACGCCGGAGCUGCACCAAACUCUACCGAAUGGAUUGAACAUCCCGAACGUGUUCCGGCGAAUGCGCGAAGAAACGAACAACCUGAUGAGCACCGAACGGCGUACAAACAACUUGAGCGGACGAUCGAAGCUUGCGUUAAUGAUCGUACACACGGAUCGCGUCAGCGAGGGUGACACCAACUUUGCCAUCCAGCAUCUGCAAAUCUUCCGCGAGGAGGUUCCGGAUCUGCGCUUCCUGUAUUUGGCCGCCGGCGAUCCGGGACGGUUCAAUCGGUUCGUGCGGGACGAGCGGCGCGAUGUGUUCCCGCUGCGUGAGCUUGAGUCUGGCUCAAUCGUGGAUACGGUACGCGUCCAGCUAAGCCCGGUCAUUCACCGGAUUCAGCAGGAACCGAGAAGGAUUGUGAAUCCACGCUGUGGCCACGACUGGGUUCAGGAAAAUUGGGGCUCCAACUCGAUGAAUCAGUUUGUUGAGCCCCGUGGCGUGAACUUUUACCGGUUACAUCCGAACUACUUCUUCCGGCAGGGUGAGAACCGCCGGUUUCGUAUUCAGGGCCAUGGAUUUGCAACGCUAACGGUGUGCCACUCACGUUGGGUUGAACGUCCAAGACAAAACUCAACCGAAAACCGUGACUCGAUCCAGUGCCGCACAAUCAACACGGAUGCGUACGAUAUUGACCUCUCGAAUGCUUGCGAUGGUCAUUCGGUGAUUCACACCUGUCCGCCGCUGUUUGUGUCCGUCGAAGGACCGCUCAAUCCACCGGCCGUUAUACGUUGCUCCGAGCCGCAAUGUCGUUUCCCGGACAAUGCACGGUUUGCUGUUGUGCUGGACAAUAUGGGAUGCUUCAGCAGUGCCAGCAGGACGGUCAGCUCACUACUGUUGGCGGCCAUGUUGGCGUUGGUCGUAGCGUUGUUUAAGCAGUCGUAGGAGUGAGAGAGAGAGUGAGGGUUUUAGGUAACCAUUAGUUUAUUGUAAAAUCGUUUCGUUUCCGACAUCUUUAAUGCCCCAAGCUAGUAUUAAGAAGGCCCGAUGGUACAAUAUAUAAUGCGUACCAGUUACGGUUUCAUCCAUUUCACGUCCAUAGAGAUACCAGUUACUGAAUGACAACAUAAACCGAUCGUUGCCGAUUUGUCAACAAGCAUUAAAUUAGUAUUCGUUCAAUAAAGGUUUAAUUUUAAUAUGUUCA